ACCUCCAACCAGUCCGCACUGAUAGCCCACCCCGCAACACCACCGCGCCUGAAUACACUACCGCAAUCAUGGGUGUCCCAUUCGAGGCUUUGCUGCCCUAUGCCAUUAUGACGGGUUUCUUCGCAUUCAGCGCCGUGUCUGUCGGAAAGCUCAAGGAGAUGCAGAACGGAGGGAAGAAGACGAGGAGGGGUAUCGACCAAUGGGACAGGCGCGACCGCCGGCUGACAGGAUUCAUGCGCGGACAGACAGACAAGCCGAUUGCUCCGGAAGGCUUCGAGCUCAACAACCCAUGGAGGGUGCGUAUAAAGUGCGAGAAGCGAUUCCUCUAGACGAUGCGAGACACUCCGACACAGCAUACAACAUACCCAAUAGUAACUACAUCGCGCUGGGAGGGUCUACGGCAUGUACAGCAAUAGUAGGCAUGCGAGCAAUCAACAA